GGAGAGCGUGGUCUGGCCGCCCCGGGGCCACGGUGAGGGGCUCAGCCAGCUGCCAACAAUUGCCUUUACCCCUUCCCAGAGUGGCUUGUUGGUGCGAACCGGUGGGGUUCGUGGCCCGGGGCUUUCCCUUGCUAUUUGACCCAAGAGCAAGGCAGUUAAAGCCUCUGGAUGCUUUUACGAUAUGGGGAAGAGUAGUACAAAGCAACGUUUCCGCGAGCUGGCGUUUCAGAUGGCAGCCUGUGAAGGCCUACGGCAGCAAAACUAAACGGGAAAUACUACUUUAUGGCCAGCAUAGCUCAAAAAUCCCUCUACUCCUGAGUUAUGUGUGUGUCGGUGCUUCAGCGCCGCAGGAUCGGAGCAUUCAUAGAAAUGGCAAUAAUGAAUAACCCCGUUGAGGUUUCAAGCCCAACCUUGGCACCUCAGUCCUUGGCUUUCGGAGGUGCCACUUAAACAAGUGCGAAGGUUGGACAAGAAGCCGUGUCCCGGACGGACGGAUGGACGGGGCGCAACGCGCUAUCGUUACGGAGCCUUCCCAGGGCUUUGCUUUCGGCUGCCACGCUUCAACAGGGGGGAGUCAGCUGGGGAAAACCAGCGGUCUUCUAGCAAAGGGGAGCAAAGCAAACGCAGAGAAAUCAGAAAAGAGCCACACCUUGUGCCGCGGCCUGUUUCUUGUUUUCUUGUUGUCCUUUUAUUUUAUUUUCUUAAAAAAAGGAAAGAAAAAGAAGUCCUUCAAAAGGAGCAGCAAAUGUGCACCGCUCAUCGCCCAAAGCGCUGCCAAGCAAAUCUUUUGUUAAAUCGCCUGCCCUAAAUCAAAACCCCCGACUCAGCAGGCCCCACGACCCGAAAUUCUGCCUGCGCAGCACGGCCGCUCAAAGCCCCCUGCUCCUGCCGCAUUGUCGGAAAGCCCUCGCGCUCCCAGCCCGGCUCCCACGCCGGUAUAUAGCGGGGUGUCGCCGUCGCUGCAGAUCGCAGUCCGGGUUUGGCUUUUGGUUUUGGAGCGCAGCCAGCAGCAAAUGUCUCAAUAUUCAGGAAAAAUCGCUUUCUACGAGGGCAAAUGCUUCAGCGGCAGAAAGCUGGAGGUCUGCGGGGCCUGCGAGAGCUUCCAGGCGCGCGGCUUCCCCAGCCGGGUCAACUCCAUCUGCGUCCGGAGCGGCGCCUGGCUCUGCUUCGACCACGCCGGCUUCCGCGGGCGGCAGUACGUGCUGGAGCACGGGGACUACCCCGACUUCCGCCGCUGGAACGGCCACAGCGACCACCUGGGCUCCUGCCGCCCCGUCGGGAUGCACGGAGAGCAUUACAGAAUCGAAAUCUUUGAGGGGAACCGUUUCAGCGGUCGCAGCCUGGAGCUCACCGAAGAUUGCUCCUUCCUGCAAGGACGAGGCUGGGACCAGAACUACGUCAACGCCAUCAAAGUGUACGGCGACGGCGCGUGGGUGCUGUACGAGAAGCCCAACUACCGAGGCCGUACGUACAUGGUGGAGCGGGGAGAGUUCAGCAGCUGCCACGAGUGGCAGGCGCAGAGGCCAAACAUCCAGUCCCUCAGAAGAGUCAUCAACUACUUCUAGCGGGGCGUUCGUCGCACCGGUGGUGCCCUGCUGCAAGCCGGGGGCUCUCCUCCCUUCCCGCUUGCUGCUGACAUCUGGA